CGCGCCCGAUCUUACCCGAUCAGUUUUUGGCAGACCAUCAUUUUACGGCACAACACAUCACCUGUUUUGUUUUUUUUAUACGUUUUUUCUUCGAUUUUUACAUUUAAACUACAUAUUCCGUGAUCCUUUGGGGUGUCACUUGACGCUUCCGAUAGUUUCACAUGACCAGAAUCAGCUUUAUUGCCUAGUUCGUACAUACCAACGAGGACCAGCAAAGCAACAAAUCGCUGGCGAAUGCAAAAUCCGACUGAACAUAGGCAGUAUAUAAGCUGUAGCUUUCAUACCCAAAGUAGCAUUUCUCCAGAAGACCUGUUGAAGGACACACACACAAAGGUUAUAUUGUUAUGUCAACCAUGGCUCACACUGCUGACGGAAAGGUGACAGGUCUGCUUGCGGCCACGUUCACUCCUUUCACUGCUCAGGGUGAAGUCAACUUAUCUGUGAUUGGACCUUAUGUUGACUACUUGACAGAAAAGCAAGGUAUAAAGGGCAUAUUUGUUAACGGCACCACAGGAGAGAGCAUGUCUCUAUCUGUUGCAGAGAGGAAGCUCCUGGCAGAGGAGUGGUGUCAGAGAGCAAAGGGAAGAAUGGAUAAUGUUAUUGUACAUGCUGGAUGUAUGAGCCUCAAAGACUCUCAGGAUCUGGCUCGUCACGCAGCAGAUAUUGGAGCUGAUGGGAUAGCAGUCAUUUCUCCCUCCUUCUUUAAGCCCAGAACUGCAGAAUCUUUGAGGAAAUUCCUGCAGGAAGUUGCUUCAGUUGCUCCAACUCUGCCCUUCUACUAUUAUCAAAUCCCAUCAUUAACCGGGGUGAAUGUGCCAGUUAGAGAUGUGAUAGAAGACAUCGAGAAGCUCAUUCCCUCCUUCAGAGGCGUGAAGUUUAGUGGGAGUGACCUGUUAGACUUUGGCCAGUGUGUCAGCUACAGCCAGCCUCGAUGGUCCAUCCUGUAUGGUGUGGAUGAGCAAUUGUUAGCAGGCCUGGCAAUGGGAGCUAAUGGAGCUGUUGGCAGCACAUAUAACUACAUUGGACGCUAUGUCAUCCAGCUGAUUUCAGCUUUCGAGACUGGAGAUCUGGUCAGAGCCAGAACCAUUCAGUUCAAAAUCCAAGAGCUUCUGGGUUAUGCUAUAAAACUUGGUUUUGAUAUCGGAGUGAACAAGCAGCUGAUGGCAAAGGUAUCAGGCUUGUUUCUGGGACCCCCUCGACUCCCGGUGAUGCCGUGCUCUCCUGCUCACGCCCAGCUGAUCGCACAGAAAUACCACAACAUUUUUGCCUGAAGGCUGACGUGUCUCAGCUUUUUCACUUAAACAGUGAGACUCCAUCUUGUACCCUAUCUCCUUGGAUGGUUCUCACAGCACAGUAACAAUGAGGCCAGUUACCAUAUUUUAUAAAUGUCAAUUAACCAGCUUUUUUGCAUCAGACCUGCACAUUUAUUUUUGGAGAAACUUGAAAGGUACAAAUAUUCUAGCCAAUUAGCUUUUCCUCUUUACCUCUCUGUUCUCUUCUACCCUUCAUAAUUUGAUCCAUUAAAAAAAAUCAACAUUUGAUUUAUGAAACCCACAGGUCUGGAAUACCCUCGUUGACUUGAACUCUCAUAGGGAGCACAAUGUAUGAGCAGAAAUUGAAUCAUAUGGUGUAAUGUAAAAGAAAAAAAACAUUAUUUGUCAUUGUUGUGUAAUGUAGAUUUAUGUUUAUAGAGCAUUAAAAGGGAAAUUAACAGAGUGAUCUGUAUUUUAACACUAUUCAAAAAUUGUUACUAAUAAAUAUUUUUUGUGAUUCUUG